AUGCACUCCUCCAUCGUCUUCCUCGCUGCCUCCGCAGGCCUAAUCUCCCUGGCCUCCGCCGGCCAAGUCAACUUCUACUCGGACACCAACUGCCAGAACUACAUUGGCGAGCGCCACCCCGCUUCCUUUCAAACCACUGGCGGCCCAGCAGGCUCUUUCUCCGCUCUCUGGGUUACCGUGGAUCAAACUGCGUGCAGCAGCACCUGCGGCCCUCUGAUUAUCUGCGGUGACGCGAGCUGCAGUCGUCGCAGGGCUACAGGGAUCGGACGGUGUGUCAGCUUCAACACGGGGGUCUGGGCGAGGAACGGAUGUGGUCAAGAUAUGUGUAACAACGCUUAA